GUAACCAACCCACCACCCGAAUCCAACCCAACCCAUUCCUCUCUGUCUCCUCUCCCUCACCGCCAGAAUUGCAGACCUCGGCAGCAAAAAUCAAGCUGGUAGCCUGGUACUGAUACUUCCCAACGCCAUCUCCAUCCAUCCGCAAAGGAUAAAUAGAGCACCAGUUGAUUCGUUCUUCCCCUCCUUGGCCUUCCUUUUGCUCUUAUACAGCUUUCUCCCAUAUCUGUGAGUAGAUUCCCCAUUUCCCUGUUUCCUUUUCCUUGAAUCGGUGAGCUGGGUUUUCGAUUUCGGGUUGAUUCCGAAGGUGGGUCUCUUGGGCAUUUGCGUUAGUUGAUUUCGUUUGUUAGGGAUAACAAUGGCGGGGAGAAUACGACCGGUGGUGUUUCUAAGCCGCGCCAAGCCCUGAUGGAUGUGACGAAUCAGCCUCCAAAGAGAGGGUUUUCGUCGAUCUAUGGCGAUUCAGGGUUGAAAGGUGUCGAAAGUUUUGAGAUUUCGGGUUUUGCGAAGCAGGUGUGUCUAGGAGUGGAGAAUUUGGUCAGGGAGAAGUGCGAAUCUGGGUUUAAGACUACUGGUGACAAUGCGCGGAAGAGUGUUCUCAAGAAAGACGGGCACAUUCUUAAUUCGAACCGUGUUGCUAGUGAUAUCGGAAUUGGCGAUGGAGUUGAGAGUGUUGCUAAUGAUAUCGGAAUUGGCGAUGGAGUUGAGAAUGUAGUUUCCUUGGUCUCAACUCUUAGAUGGUAGUGUUGAUGUUUCUGAUUUUUGUUGCCGAGGUGGUGGUGGAGUGUUCCCCUUUGCAGCUAUGGUGGGGGAGAGGGAGAGGAGAUAGAGAGGAAUGGGUUAGAUUGGACUGGGGUGGGUUGGUUAGGGUUUAAUUGGUUUUUAUUUUAUUUUUUAUUAAUUAUUUGAUGAUGUGGAUGCUGACGGGAUAGCUGACUGGACCAAACUAACAGAAUUUUGGAUGGAGAUGGACGGAAUUACCUUUUUGUUAUUAGUUCAAACAUAUGUUAUUAAAACGUGCAAAAUUAA